AGAAACUUUAUGACCACCAUGUAUGUAGAAUUUGUCAAAGCUUGCAUUGCUGUACAUAUCAAUUUUGAUUACAUUGAUCAGCCUCCUCAAAGUGUAAAUUUUAUGGAAAACAUGAGAUAACUUAUCUUCCAUUGGAUUGGGGAAUAAUUUUACCUACCUCGUUCAUUCACAUAUCUGUAUUUAUAAACUGAGGUUGACGCUGCUCAUUUUUAUACCUAAACCCACCUAAAUUUUGUGUUGAAUUGAUUUUCAAUAAUUUUUGGAUUAAGCUUAACUAUGACAUCCAAAACAUCGAACAACAUCCUUGUCAUAAUUAUUGACGAAAAUUUCGACGAACUAAGAACUUUAUUGGAUGUGAACGAUUCUCUGUUAAGCUAUCUCGAAGUGAAGAGCAUAAUCACUAAUGAAACCGUGGAUUUGUUGGGCAAGAUUAACGGGAAAGCAAAUAAGGCAGACAGGUUGCUUACAAUUCUUCGUAAUUUAAGGACUGACGAAGACCUACCAGUAAUUAUGCACGUUAUCGGAGAUGACGUUAGCUGCAACAUAAGAGCUUUCCAAAUAUUCCAACCAUACCUACCAGGAAAUUCAGAAAGUAACAAAAAAUCUUAAACUUGAAAUGACACGAUAAUUGGAUGUGAAUAAAUCAGAUUUCUUCUGAACAAACAUGGUUUUGAAUUUUCUAAGUCGCUGUCAACUUCGAAAAGUGCAAGAUUUUUGAAAACCAGAGGUUUUGACUGGAAAAAGAUUUAAGAUUCGCGCCUCGACAAACUACAAUUAGCCUCAUGUAAAUCUGAAUUUUACAUGCCAAAUAGUCACAUAGUGAAUGGGAAAAAUAAUUACAAAUUUUGGUACCCCUGAUUUUGUACAAAAGGGUUCAUUUUUGUGUCGCAAAUAUUUCUAUGUUAAAGUGAAAGGCAGCGUUUAGAAAAACGGGGAUUUUCUAGAAAACCCAUAUUUAAGGGCUUUCUCUGGGAUUUUUGGGGGCUUGAAUAAAUCUAAUUUAUUCAGGAAUCCAAUUUAUUCAAGAUAGGAUUUAUGUACAUGCUAGUUGAUGCUAGUGAUAUUAGAAACUCAAUUCACAUGUGAAAAUCCCCAAAAUUUCAUGCUGAAUCCUAUAACUUAAUUAGUAUUCAUUAAUGAUGAAGUUAGCUAUUUGUUUCAAAGCUUACAAAAAUCCCACGGAAACUAUGAUAGCAUUGGGGGUUUCAGAGCUUCGAUUACAACAAAAACCACAAAAACUUAAGCUCAUAAAAACCAGAAAAGUGGCAGACCCUACUCAAAGAUAACUGAAAAAUAACACUCAUUGCUGUGGAAUAUUCAAAAGAUCAACUUUACUUUAAUCAGUUGCAUUUCACUUUAUUUACUACAAUUAUGCCAAUAAAUUACUUAACAUAUCAUAGUAUCGUUGGCGCCCCCCGGCGCCAUUAUACAGUAUGCCUUGUGCCAUAUUGGCACAUAAAUCAUAACUCGUAUAUAUUCUUGCACCCAUGGUGCAACGAAAACGGCUAGCCGUUGCACCAUUACUGCAGCAUUAGCGACCAUCCGGGAUACAUAAUUUUGAAAACUUUGUCAAAAUUGUAUGACCAUUUCUCCCGGAUAUUUUGCACUAUUGGUGCGUUUUGCAUCC